AUGUCGGCAAUGUCUGCCACAGCCCCUGCCUGGUCGUCUGCGGCCGACAACGAGACUCUUAUCAACCACCUCCAGAGCCUCUCGGUCGACGAGUAUUCCGCUCGCCAGGUUCAGCAGCACCCCGUUGCAGGCGCCUGUGUGCCUCCUACCCCGCCGUACGGCAACGUCCACACACCCCAGCGCCCGGCCGCCUAUGCGACGUACGACGGCACCACGCAGUAUCUCUACUACACGACCGAGUUUACCCCUCCCAGUGCCGGUGGCCACCACCACCACCAGGCGUACGCGGGAUUUGAACUGGCCACGCCCAUGACGCCACUCCAGUCGAUGCAGUCCAUGGCCAGCGCCGCGGGAAUCACCUUUGACCCGUACCCCACGCCCCCAGAGAACUACCCCCUCCAGCAGGACUCGCGCCAGGGCGCACCCCACCACCACACCCAUCAGCUCGGCCAGCUCGCCGCCAACGGUGCCGCCGCUGCCGCCGCGGCCUGCUCGAGCACCAAUGCCAACCCAGCCGGCUUCCAGCAGCAGGCGGCCGUGGCCGGUCGUCAAGGCAUCUACCGCCCGCCUCACCUCCAGCAGCAAGGCCAGGGAUACUUUGCGUACAGUGAUCGUGCGCCUUACUGGACCCAGAUGCACGGCGCGCACGGCGGACAGCACGCGAGCACGGGACGCGAUUCUGGCCACCAGCACCACCACCCGCAGCGCCGCAUCAACGCCCACUCCCACUCUGGCGGCAGGCGCGGUUCCACCCAAGGCGCGCACGGCCAGUACCCCUCGCUCAGCGAGUACAACCACCGGUACGGCCUCCAGUCGCUCGCCAGCUACCCUCACACCCCGUCGCCAGGUCACUUUUCGCUCGUCGGCGCUGCCCCAUUCACGCCGGCGUCCCUCUCGGCCGCUUCGAGCACCUACAACGGUGGUUAUGGCCGUCGCCGCUCAGACGAGGGCCCGGCGCGCAGUCUUCGUCUCGAAGAGUUCCGCCAGCGCCGCAACUCUCGCAUGGACUUUGCCGACGUGUACGGCCACAUCUGCGAGUUUGCCGGCGACCAGCACGGCUCGCGUCUCAUCCAGAACAAGCUCGAGACGGCCACCAACGAGGAGCGUGCUCUUGUCUUUGACGAGAUCAUCACCAGCGCCUUCCAGCUCAUGACCGACGUCUUUGGCAACUAUGUCAUUCAAAAGUUCUUUGAACACGGCGACGAAAACCAAAGGGCUGCCAUCGCCAAGACCAUGGAGGGCCAUGUCCUCCACCUCUCCAUGAACAUGUAUGGCUGCAGGGUCGUUCAAAAGGCGCUCGAGUACGUCCUUGUCGACCAGCGCGACCAGCUCGUCGCCGAGUUGAAGGGCCACAUUAUCGACUGUGUCAAGUCGUCCAACGCCAACCACGUCAUCCAGCGUCUCAUCACUCUCGACCCUCCCUCGACCGUCACCGAUGCGUUCCAAGGCCACGUCUUUGAGCUCUCGACCCACCCAUUCGGCUGCCGCGUGCUUCAAAAGUCGUUCGAGGUCCUCCAUCCUGACAGGAUCCGCUCCCUGCUCGACGAGAUGCACAGGUGCUCCCACAAGCUCAUGACCGACCAGUUUGGCAACUAUGUCGUCCAGAGCAUCAUUACCAACGGCGACGCGCACGAGUACGACCGCAACAAGGUUGUCGCCAUCAUCAAGGGUCGUCUCUGGGAGCUGUGCCGCCACAAGUUUGCCUCGAAUGUGGUCGAAAAGGCGCUCAAGUAUGCCAGCGCUGCGGAUCGUCGUGACCUCAUCUCGGAGAUCCUGGGCGAGAACAUUGACGGCGCUCAAAGUCGUGUCGCCGCCCUCCUCCGUGACCAGUACGGCAACUUCCCCGUCCAGACGGCGCUCUCCGAGGCCGACCUCGACCAGCGUGAAUUGCUGCUUGCCACCAUCCUACCCCUCAUGCCCACGCUGCGCCACACGCCCUGUGGCCGCCGCCUCGAAGCCAAGCUGAACCAGUACGGGCAACAGCAGGGUGUCUUACCGUCGUUGUCUGACUCUGUUUCCGCGAGCAGCACUGCUUCCAGCCUUAAAUCUCGCGACCUGGACCUGCUCACGGGCAGCGACAGUGCUUCCACUGGCGACACGACGGGCGGUGACACGACGGGCGGUGACACGACGGGCGGUGACACGACGGGCGGUGACACGGGCGACACGAACAGUGUGGGCACGACGCCGUCGCCGCCCGCCCGCAGGAAGCUCCGUGGCCGCGCCGCCUCGUCGCCUGGUGACCCGCACGACGACGCCGACGCCGACGCCGCGGUGCUCCACCUCCUCGUCUAG